AUGCUACUACCCCGCUCAUCACCACCCUCCAUCAAUUUCUACUCUCCCUCUCUCAACAGGGCGGCUCAUCGCCCUCUCCUCUCCACCAAUUCCACCCGCCGUUCUCCUCGUCCCUACUCUCCUCUGCUCUCGCUACUCCCUUCCAGCUCGUACCCGACUCAAGUCACAACUCUAUUCUCUCCCAUCACAGACUCACUCAUCUCCCCUUCACGUCUCGUCAAUACUAUCAAACUAUUCUCCAUCCUCUUUCUCAGAUUCCCAUCAAACUCUCGUAAGCCGACCAACUCUUCUUUCUCACCCCGCUCCCCAACCCUCGCUCUUAUCGUCUAUUUCUCCGCGAACCGUACUCCGUCGAUCCUUGUCUUCCUCCAGCCCUCUUCUCCCAACUCGCCUGUUCACCGUCAGAACGAUCUCGCUCUCAAAAGGAUGAAGAAGGAAGAGGAAGGGGAAGAAGAAGGAAGAAGAAAGAAAAGGGAAGAAGAGGAAAGAAGAAGAAGGAAGAGGAGGAGGAAGAAGAAGAAGGGGAAGAAGGGGAAGAAGAAGAAGGGGAAGAAGGGGAAGAAGAGGAAGAAGGGGAAGAUGAGGAAUAAGAGGAAGAAGGGGAAGAAGAGGAAGAAGAGGAAGAAGGGGAAGAAGAGGAAGAAGGGGAAGAAGAGGAAGAAGUGA